CUGUGGGAGCAUUCGAAUCCAGAAGCUACCAUGAUGGCUCAAUUCAUGAGGGAUGUCAACAAGAGGAGAGGAUUGGAGCUUAAGACAUUCCAAGACCUCCACCAAUUCUCCGUCAAUCAACGCACUGACUUUUGGUUCGAUCUCUUUGAAUUGCAUCCUCUCAUCCAUACUGGAGAGUACACUCAAGUUGUGGACCCCGAGGCCAGGAUGGAUUCCGUGCCUUCCUGGUUCUCAGGCGUAAAACUCAACUUUGCAGAAAACAUCUUGUACAGUGCGGAUCCUAAAAACCCAUCUGUGCGCACACUCACCGGCAAAGAAAGCGACAAGAUAGCAUUGACAGAAGUCCGUGAAGGAUGCACUGAAAUCAGACACUACAGCUGGAAAGAACUGCGUGCCAAGGUUGGGUUGCUCGCGCAAGCCAUGAAAGCACAUGGAGUAACCAAAGGCGAUCGAGUUGCGGUGGUCGCAUCUAACUCUACAGACACAUUGACUGUGUUCUUGGCUGUGACAACGCUGGGAGGUAUCUUCAGUUCGAGUUCCACGGAUAUGGGCAGUCAGGGUGUUCUGCAGCGGCUGACACAGAUCGAGCCGAAGUGGAUCUUUGUGGACGAUUGGGCUGUCUAUAAUGGCAAGACUAUUGACUUGAAGCCCAAGAUGAGGGAGAUUGUUGCUGGUAUGCUGAAGAGCAAGGCCAAGGGAUUCCAAGGUCUUGUUAGUCUGCCUAGAUUCCAGCAAAGACCGGCUGAUGUGGGUGAUGUGCCGAAAACCAUGAGUCUGGCGGCGUAUCUCUCAAGAGCUGGGGGCAAUUCUGAGCUGCCCUUUGAAAAGGUUGAUUUCAAGGAUCCGUUCUUGAUUGUUUAUUCUUCCGGCACUACUGGCGUACCGAAAUGUAUCGUGCAUGGUUGUGGACCAGUCCUCAUCAGUUCGAUGAAAGAAGGCAGACUUCACCUUGAUUCUGGACCUUCGACAGUCAACUUGCAAUACACAACCACUGGCUGGAUCAUGUAUCUGAUGUCAACAAUGGCACUCCAACACGGAGCACGCUCGAUAUUGUAUGAUGGUUCACCCUUCAUACCCGACCUCACUACUUUCGUUCGCAUGGUAGGAGAACAAAAAGUCACCGAUCUGGGCAUCUCACCUAGAUACCUACAGACACUUGCUUCAGCAUCUCCUCCAAUCAUCCCCAAGCAAGUCACCGAUCUGUCCCAUCUUCGCCGUGUAUCAAGCACAGGCAUGGUAUUGCCAGAAUCUCUCUUCCACUGGUUCUAUGAUUCUGGUUUCCCUCCCUCUGUCCACCUCAACAAUAUCAGUGGUGGAACAGAUGUGGCUUCUUCGUUUGCGAUGGGCAAUCUGAUGACUCCUUUGUAUGCCGGUGGAUGUCAAGGCCCGGGUUUGGCCAUGAACCUUCAAGUAUACGACCAAACCAUUGAAGGAGGCAAGGGCAUCAAAGGCAAAUCUCUCCCCAUCGGAGAAGCAGGCGAGCUUGUCGUCACCGCCGCUUUCCCCAACCAACCCGUCAAGUUCUGGGGCGACACUUCUGGACAGAAAUACUUUGAUGCUUAUUACGCUCGCUUCGACAACGUCUGGACCCACGGCGACUACAUCUUCGUCCACCCAAGAACCAACGGCGUAUACUUCCUCGGCCGCGCCGACGGCGUGCUAAANCCCUCUGGCGUGCGCUUCGGCUCGGCAGAAAUCUACAAUGUGAUCGAGACCUUUUUCGCCGAAGACAUCCAAGACAGCAUUUGUGUUGGCCAACGUCGACCUACCGAUACUGAUGAAGCUGUCAUCCUUUUCCUACUCAUGAAGCCCGGAAGAAAGUUCACAGAGGCAUUGGUCAAGGAUGUGAGGCAGAGGAUUGGCAAGGAGUGUAGUCCGAGACAUGUGCCCAAGUAUGUGUUUGAGACACCCGAGAUACCUAAAGUGGAACUACCGGUCAAGAGAAUUGUUUCUGGAGAAAAAGUCACGCCGUCGGGGACGCUGCUCAAUCCACAGAGUUUAGAAUAUUACUACAAGUUUGCAAAGGUGGAAGACUUGAUUGGCGGUGUCAAGAGUAAAUUGUAG